AUGCAAGACCCUUCCAGAACCGCCACCGGCUACCCAGCCCCACCGUACAACCACCCUAACGCCGCCCAAUACCCCUACGCAGCACCACCUCCUCAAUACUACCACCCACCACCACCACCACAUCGUCCCUACGCCUCGCGCUCCUUCUUCCGCGCCUUCUUCGCCACCAUGAUCUGCCUCGCCGUCAUCUUCGGCGUAAUCCUCGUCAUCACUUGGCUCGUCCUUCGUCCUUCUCUCCCUCACUUCACUUUAACAACUCUCUCCCUCUCUAACUUCUCCGCUUCGAACCAAUCCCUAUCCGGCACGUGGCGCCUGGCGUUUAACGUCCGUAACGGAAACAGAAAAAUGUCCGUUACUUAUAACGCUCUCCGUUCAUCCAUCUUUUACCAUUCGAACUACAUCGCUGAAUCGGAGCUUGCGCCGUUUAAACAAGAUACGAAAUCUGAAACUACGCUUAACGUUACUUUCGCCGCUGCUAAUGCUUACUUUGAAUCCCGCGCUGUUAGAGAUCUUAACGGUGAUAGGACUCGCGGUUCGGUUCCGUUCGAUGUGCAGAUUUUGGCUUCCACUUCGUUUCGUUCUGGUUCGUGGAGGUUUAGGACCAGAAUUCUGAAGAUUAUCUGCCGGAAAGUUAUGGUUGGGAUUUCGUCGAAUUCAACUUCCGGUGAAUUGAUUGGUUCACCCGGUGAAUGUCAGGUGUGGACUUGA